ACACACCCACAGCUCUUAUCAGAGAUAUAUAGGAUCCGGAUUCUCUUUCUUUCACAGACCCUGCUUGCUUUCUCUUUUUGAACUCUCAAAGAUUGUGGUGAAAACAUGUCUGAUACAGAGGAUAUAAUAGAAGAAUAUGAGGAAGAAGAUAAAGUGUCAGAGAAUGAAGAGGGAGAGGAAGAGCCUGAAGAAGAUGGUAAUGAAGAAGAAGCAAAUGAGGAGAAAGAAGGUGAAAAUGAGGAACAAGAAGAAGAGUCAAGACCUAAACCAAAGCUCUUUAUGCCAAACCUGAUACCUCUAAAGAUACCAGAUGGUGAAAAGGUGGAUUUUGAUGACAUUCACAGGAAGCGAAUGGAAAAAGAUCUUACUGAACUGCAGACGCUUAUUGAGGUUCAUUUUGAAAGUCGAAAGAAGGAGGAGGAGGAACUUCAAGCACUGACAGAAAGAAUGGAGAAGAGACGAGCUGAACGAGCCGAACAGCUGAGGAUUCGAAAUGAGAGGGAAAAAGAGAGACAAGCUAGAGUUGCAGAAGAACGUGCACGCAAAGAAGAAGAGGAAAACAGAAAGAGAGCUGAGGAUGAUGUCAGAAAAAAGAAAGCCUUUUCCAACAUGCUUCACUUUGGAGGCUACCUUCAAAAGACAGAAAGAAAAGUAGGGAAGAAACAAACAGAAAGAGAAAAGAAAAAAAUGAUUCUAACAGAAAGAAAAACCCCACUAAAUAUUGGGAACAUGAAUGAAGACAAACUGAGGACAGAAGCUCAACAUCUCUUUAACAGAAUCUAUGAGUUGGAAGCAGAAAAAUAUGAUCAUCAGGCUACAUUUAAGAAACAGAAAUAUGAGAUUAAUGUUCUGCGAAAUCGAGUUUCGGAUCAUCAAAAGCUUAAGAGUAAAAGCUCCAAAGGUCCUAGAUCAGGCAAAGGAAUUGUUGGAGGAAGAUGGAAAUAAGCAGAGAUGGUGAAAGAAGACAAGACCUCAUUGACACCUUGAAUCCACCAUAUAUUUAUAUUUAUGUGUUUGCAAUUCCUGUUAUAUUUGAAUGUAUACAUUUGAAGAAAGUA